UCUCCCUUUUCUACUCUAGUUUAAUAAGUUGCUGAAUUGAAUCUAAUGUGUUUUUUCUACAUAUUGAGAUGUCUAGUUUUAAAUACAGUGUGUCUCAUUAUUUAUUCCCUCAGACCUAGGACUAGGCUUAGUUUAUACCAGGUAUCCUUGGGGCUGAACUCCUACCUGGAAAUCUUAUGAGGGAUGGUCCUGUACCACAGAGAAGACUGCCUUCUGGGCUUCCUCCCAGAUUUUAGACUCCAUCUGCCCAUUGAGUUUCCUCUUUUGGUCUGUAGUGGGGGCUGCCUCAGCCAAAUGGGUAGAUAAAUUCCCAGCUGUGGCAGCAUCAGCAUCUGUAGCAGCAUUGGAGUGGAUGUCACUGUCCUCCUGGACAGCCCCCAACCAAUGACUGGGCACAGCCAGGCACUAGGGCCUGCCUAUUUCUGCCCAGCCAGGGCUCUUCCAUAGGGCAAUUUUUGCAUCAGAGCUCCCUGUUGGCUGGCUGAUGUUUGCUCAGAGUGGCACCUCAGUGUGAUGCCCUUACCCAGUUCUCCAUCCCUUCUACUCUCUCCCCAUAGAUGUCAAACUUGCAACACAGUCUGAAGGCUUUCCCUGCCCAAUCCUGCUUCUUCCCUCCCCCCUUUAUCUUUCACAGGCACUUCCUCCAAUAAGUCUCUUGCACUUCUAGCUCCAUCUUAGUGGUGGCUUCCUAGAGGACCCAAGUGACACUCAGGCCCUGGCUCCCCUGGGCUGCCAGACCCUGUCCCCUCAGGGGAUGAGUUCUUCUCCAUCUCCCUACUUGAGCAUGCUCUGUCCCCCUUCCCUCCUCUUUCUGUUCAGGGCCUCCCCCUGUGCCUGGCAGUAGUGGACACUCAGUAACUAUUUGUUUUUGAAUGAAUGCAGAAUGUUCUGGAGCUAGGUACUGCCCACACCAUUCUCCUGGCACAGAGAGCUGCAGAGAGCCCUCCUGGUGGGGUAGAAAAGGCAAGCUCCAAGGGCUCCAGGCAGUGGGGAGGAAGUCCCUGAGAUGGGGAGGUGGUAGGGGAGCCAAGAGUCUCCCAGGAUCACGGGAAAUCCUCCCCACAGCCCAAGGAAAGUCUGACCUGGCUUUUCCCAAAUCUACUGUGUGACUCCUGGCAAGUUACUUCCCUUUUGGAGACUCUCCAUCCAUCUCAAUAGUGGGAUGAGAAGCCCUACCCUGCCUGUUUCCCUAGGGAGGGGCAGGGGUUUUGGGCAUCAGAUGAGACCAUGGCUGGGAAAAGGUUGGGUACCCUGGGUCCUGGGCCUGGGGUGAGGGUGUGGAGGGGGAGAACAAACAGAGAAGGAAGGAAGAGAGAAGAAUGAGGGGAGAGAAACAGACACAGACACACAGACACACACAUAAGUGAGGAAACCAUGAGACAUAAUGAGGGAAUGAGUGAGAAAGAGAACAGGAAGGGAGGAGAAAAACCAGAAGACCCCAAGAAACAAAAAGGAAAAUAGAGAGAUAAAAAUUAAGAGAGAAACAGGAAAAAGAGGGAAAGAGAGCCAGGGGAGAGGACAGGGAUCCUCAGAGACACAAGGGCACAAGAAAUGAGAUAGAGAGAGAGGGAGGGAGAGAAGCAGAGACAAUAACACAGGGGGAGGGGCAGUGAAAAGCCACACAGACAGAGGAAAGAAAAAGAAAUGGAGGGAGAAAAUGAGAUGGAGUGUUAGAGUCAGAGAAAGAUGGAGAGAGGGAGAGAUACAGGAGAGAGAAAGAAAUGAGGAGAAUCAGGGCCAGAGAGGGAAAGAGACCAAGGGAGAGAAGGAUGAGAGAGAAGCCAAAGGUGACAGAGCAAUGGGGACCGAUGGACAGAAAGAGCGAUAAAUGAUCAGACCCCACAGACCCCUGCCCCUCACUCACUCUGAACCCUGCCGCACUCCAGACAGGUGGGGAUCCAGAAGAAAGCCUCAGCUCCCCUUUUGUCUGCAGGGCCUGGCCUAUCCUGUCCUGCUGGUUUGGCUCCUGCCAUCCUCUGUGGUAAGGCUUUUGAGGGGCACCCAAUGGGAGGCAGGGCUCCAAAGCUUGUCCUGUAGGUUGACUGACGUGGCCACUGGGUGGAAUCUGAAGGGAAAACCCAGUGACACCUUCCCUUGAGGCCUGGGCAGGCCCCAGCCUGCCUUCUUUUGGGGCCCAGACUAAAAAAGACCUCAAAGGUCACUGCCAUCAUGCUCUUCGCUGUACAGAGGAGGAAAUUGAGGCCUAGAGAGGGAGAGGGACAAGCCUGAAGUCACAAAACCAGGUCAUGGCCUAGUUGGAACUAACUUUGAUGGAUGCUGAGGCCUGAAAAUCUGGAGACUUGCUUUCUCCUGGUCAAUUUGCUUCCUGCCCAGGGAUGUCCUGAGACUUUACUGACAGUAUCCUGGAUGCCAGUCCCUGGGUGGAGAGUUUUACCCAACAUCCUGUGAACUGACUACUGUGAUAAGACCCAUCAUACAGAUAAGGAGACUGAGGCUCAGAGAAGUUAAGACUUCAAAGCCUGAGGUCACACAGUGUCAAUACCCCAGAUAGGUCUGUUUGACCUUGAAAGUUGGGUUCCUGCCAUGGGACCUCCCAGCCACCGUGGGUAAUGAGCUCUGUAAUAUGGAAAAGGUGGGCAGAGGUGGGUGGCUAUUCCUCCAGUUAGGGAAAAUUACCAGAACAAUGGUUUCAAAACAUUAGAAUUCUUCCCAGAGGGACCCACCUUUUUUCAGUGGUGUUCCUACCUUUAGGAACCCCAGGUCUCCCUACCCUUCCCACCACCACACUCUAUUCCACAUCCCUUUUCUCAACCUCUGAAGAGAAGGAGUUUGGCUCUGGGCUACUCCCACCCUCUCUCCCUCUUCAUUGUCCCCAGCCAUGACCUCCUGAACCACAAGCCCAGGCUGGUUCUGAGUAUAGAGGUGGGCCUGCACACCCUAAAGCCCCCCUUCUACCUGCUAUGCACAGUGAGCAUCUCCCCCAGCUCUGCCCGUGGCUCUGCCUCACUGGGGCUCACCCUCCUGGAAGAGACUUGGAUGGAGAUUGGGAGGAAUGUUGGAGGAGCAGUAGGCUGAUGGGAAGAAUGACAAUCACUGUCCCUACCAGCUCUGAUCUCCCAGUAAAGCUUUCCAAGAACUAUACUGCCAGCCUCUAACCCCUCCCUAGCUAGAUCCUGUCCCCUGAGGUUUCCUCACCCUCAACGAUCCUCAGUUUCUUCAUCUGCAUUAUGGGUGUAAGCACCCCAACUUCCCUGGAUGAUUGGAAGGCGAAUGAUACGUUAGCUUUGGGACACAGGAACACGUGCUGGCUGUAAACUCUCCCUAGUGGAGAGGCCACUCCUCUUGGGGAGCACAUGAUGCUACUGUGUCCCACUGGUGGCUACAGUCCAAGGAUGGAGAUGGUUGCAGACUGAGACCCCUGCCCAGCCCUCUACUCCUGUGGGGGCCGUAGUCCCUUUAAGUCUGGAGCAUAGCUCCGCCCCAUGUUGCUCUCAAGUUCUGCUCUGGCUAUGUUUCCACCAUCAGAUCAAGAGGGUUGCUGCUUGGCCAGGCCUCUGCCUUUGAGUCCCAGGAAAUAGAGAGCCCUGGGGUGCUGUUCCUUGAUUAUGCCAAGAGGCUUUCUUAGAACCAACACUGGGUGAUGGUGGGAGGGCACACUCCAGGUGGCCAGGAGAUGGAUGCUCCCUUUACCAGAAACCUCAGGAGCUCCCAGGGUGGGGGUGGCUACAGGGCCCAAGCCCUGCCCUCACCUCUUUCACCCAACUCUGGUAGAGGCCAUGGCCCUCUGCCAACUUCAUGGAGGUGGGUGUGGCAACCACUACUGGGGUGGGGGUCUAAGGAUGAGUUCUGGGAGCUUCCUCUGAGCCCCUGAACCCUCUUCCCUCCCUAGGAAUAAAGGGAUCCCCUCCUGGCCCCCUGCCCCAGGGCCCAAGGCUUUGGCUCCCACAGUCCCCAUCCAGGCGGGGCUGGCAGCAGGUGACUGGAUGAGAAAGGCAUGGUGAAUGGGGGCGUGGGCCUUGGCAAGUACACUCCUUGGCCAAUCAGCGGCCUGCCCAGCCGGUGGAUUCAGUUACAAGCCAGAGAUCACCCCACACUCCAGCCUCCUUCCUACUCCUCCCAAAGCUCCAUUCAUUGGCCCUGCCGCAGGGUCUGCAGGGCACCGCUUCCGCUCAGCUGCUUAAAGCUGCUGCCUCGUGGGCUGCCAGGGGUAGGUGUUGUGGGGGCUUUGUCUGACUGGGCUGGGCCAGGACAGAAUGGGGAUUCUGGUAGUGCUGUUAGGGAUGCUGAGCUUCCUGGGAGUGGCUGUGGGGAGCUCCUCUGCCCUCCUCUGGGACAGCACCUCCUGCCACUUGGCCAGGCCCAUCCCCGGCAGCCCCUUGGGGACCCUGAGCUUUCUGGGCAAGAAUGCCCAGGGACUGGCCCUGGUCCACACCCACUGGGAUGAGCACGGGAGGCUGCAAUCUUGUAGCCAGCAAGACGAGCCAGAGCUCACUGCAGCCUUUAGUGCUCUCUGUGCUGGUGAGAUCACCCGGGGCACCUUCAUCCACACCCCUGGACCUGAGCUGCAGAGAGCCCUGGCCACACUUCAGAGUCAGUGGGGAGCCUGCCGAGGGACUGAAGAGGGUCCAGCAGGGGCUAGGGAGAAGCGAGCAGCAGGGGUCAGGGAAGAGCAAGCAGAAGGACACAGAGGAGCACCCAGCAGCAUAGGACACCAGCGGUUGAAGAGAGGCUGGACUAUGCCUGGCACGCUGUGGUGUGGAGUCGGGGAUUCUGCCGGAAACUCCACAGAGUUGGGGAUCUUCCAAGGCCCUGAUCUCUGCUGCCGGGAACAUGACCGAUGCCCACAGAACAUCUCGCCCUUCCAGUACAGCUAUGGUAUCAGAAACUACCGAUUCCACACCAUCUCCCACUGUGACUGUGAUGCCAGGUUCCAGCAAUGCCUGAAGAACCAGCAGGACUCCAUCUCGGACAUCGUGGGUGUGGCCUUCUUCAAUGUGCUGGAGGUCCCCUGCUUCGUGCUGGAGGAGCAGGAGGCGUGUGUGGCGUGGUACUGGUGGGGAGGGUGCAGAAGGUAUGGCUCCAUACCUCUUGCCCACCUCCAGCCCAGGACCCUCUAUAAUGCCUCCUGGAGCUCCCCAGCCACCCCCCAGCCUCCCAGCCUUCAGAACCCAGUCCCUAGCAAGCCACAACAGAAGCAGCGUCCUCAGAAGCGACCACCGCAAUGGAAAGGGUCUAAGCACCCCAGCAAAACCAACACCACAGCCCUCCGGACCCCUGUGGCCUCCACCCAGCCUGAUAUGACCCCCACAGCCUGGCUGGAGGUCACCCAUCCAGGCCUCCAGGGGCCAUGGAGUGGCCUAAAACCUCAGGAUGUCCGCCGAGCCUGCCGCAGCUUCCGCCACUUGGAUCAAUGUGAGCAGCAGAUCGGGCCUCAGGAAACAAAGUUCCAGCUGCUCAAUAGUGCUCAUGAGCCCCUCUUCCACUGCAACUGCACACGCCGCCUGGCACGCUUCCUGAGGCUCCACAGCCCACCUGCAGGCACCAGCGUACUUUGGGAGCUGCUAGGCACAACCUGUUUCAAGCUGACCCCUCCACUGGACUGUGCUGAGGGCACAGGCUGUUUCAGAGACCCUAGGGCCAUCAAGGUGUCAGCUCGGCACUUGCAGCGACUUCAGCAGAGGCGACUCCAGCUCUGGGGUGUGAACACAGAUGAGGGGCAGGUAUGGCCUUCAAAUCACCCAAGAGCCCCCAUGUCAUUCUAUGACCGGUGUCUGCAGCUGACCCAGGCAGCCUGGAGACCUGACAGACAGCAGAAAUCCUAGAACCACUGACCUCAGUUCCAGCUCUCCUGGGCACCAAACUGGACCUUGCUCCUGGCUCUGCUAGUCCCUGGGGGUCUUGGCCUACUCUCCAUGUGUUAGAUUGAAGCAUAGCACAGGCCCUUGUGGACAGCCAGGAGGCUGGAUGGGGGGAAGAGGGAGCAAGGCUGAAAUGCUGGACCACGUCUCCUGCUGUGCUGAGCAAUCUUGAGCUGGUGAUACAACCCCUCUGUGCUUGGAUGUGGUGUUCAAGAGGCUCAUUCUGGGGAAUGGGGAAAGGGUAACCUACUACAGCAGCCUCAGGAGGUACUAGUAAGAGGUACAUGUAUCUUCAGGUCGCAAAAUUAAUACGUGUCUCAAGACCCUGCUCAGAGGAACCCCAGCACCUAUCUGCUGAGGCCUGAAGCAGUAGGUCAGAGGAUGGGAUAUCACAGAAGUGCCUGUGUCUGAAUCCAGGAAAGAGGAGGGUGGCUAGAGAGGGCUUCCUAACUCUUCUCCCUGGGGGAUCCCUUCUCUUAACAGCUGCCAUGCCCUUCCUGGCCCAGCCCUGGCCCAAAUCUCUGUGUCCUUGAGCAAGGGGCCUCCCUGACUCUGAGCCUUAGUUUCCUCCUCUGAAAAAGCAGGGUGUAAUCAGGACCUACCUCAUAGGAUUGUUGAGGAUUAAGUAAACCAAUACAUGGACAGUGCUUAGCACCUUGUAAAUGUUCCUUCCCUGUAACAUAGAGCCAAACUGUGGUUAGGUGUCUGAUUUGGAGAGGUUCACCUCCUGGAGGCCUCAGUUUGCCCAUCUGUGAAAGGGGUCUAAGAAUUGCACUGAACUCAAUACCACAACUCAGGGUUGUGGUGCAGAGUAAAAGAGAUGGCAUGUGUAAUGUA